AAAAUGUCUACUCUGUAAGUAUACACGCACGCCAUUGAACGUAACUUCAUCGGGUUAUUAUUUUGAUUUCAAAAUAAAAAUCCACGAAGGAACUGCCAGAGCCAUUAUGGCUCUGGAACUGCUGUGAUUUUCGUGAAAAAGUCUAGCUCGCGUGAAUUGUGAAACUAUUAUGGCCCAACCCAAUGCAAAUUCGUCGUUCCCAAUAACUUUGAUUAAUAAUGAUAGGGAAAAGAGUUAUAUGAAAAAGGAUAUCCUUGGCAAAGGCACUUUUGGUAUCGUUUUUCGUGGUUCCUAUCGUGAUGAAGAAGUCGCUGUCAAAAGACUCGAGUUGGCAAGAUUGGAUGCAGCAGACGACCGUGAAGUAAAACUGCAGAUAGAUCUUGAGCACGAUAAUGUUCUCAAAAUCUUGUCCGUUGAUGAAGAUGAAGAUUACAAAUACAUCUUUUUGGAAUUGUGUGCGGGCACACUUAGCGAAGUUAUUGCCAAUAAAUAUGAGGGCCCUUCGCUUCCGACCCACAGAGAAUCCAUGUACCAAAUUGCAAAUGGCCUCGAAUACAUGCACUCAAAAAAACUUAUCCAUCGGGACAUCAAACCAGAAAACAUUUUGAUUUCCGUGACAGGUCAAUUGAAACUAUCGGAUUUUGGUUUAUGUAAAUCAAUCAGCACCCGAGACACCUGUUCCAUGAGUGGAACUAAAGGGACUCUUUUAUGGAUGGCACCAGAAAUGCGUGGGAAUGAUGAAAUUAGAAAAAGAUCAUCAGCAUCAAUGAGUGAUAUUUUCCCAUGCGGUUGCGUCUUUUUCUUUCUUUUGACUGGUGGGAAGCAUCCGUUCGGCGAUAUGAAUGACCACGUUCAAAUACAUCUCAAUAUUCGAAUGGGCGAACCAACUAAUAUAAAAGAAUUGAAGUCAGAUCAUUUUGCGGCUCAUAUUUUACGUAAAAUGAUUGAUCUUAAUCCGCAAAACAGAAUUUCUGCAAAAGAAAUAAAAAAUUCACUGAGAAAGAGAGAGAUUGAAGCGAAAAGAAGCAGCAAUUUCAUUAAAGGUCAGUUCAAAAGAAUUGCGCGAUUAGUGCGUGAGGGAAGAGGAAAUAUCGCCUCCCGUUUCCACCCGAAGAAAUUAGUUCUCGCCUGCGGCGCUGAAGAUAAAAUUAUUUUCUUUUCUGCCGAGAAUUCGUUCAUUCCUUUUUCUAAUUGGAAAGAGGACGAAAAAAAGUUUCAAAUUGGACAUAUAAAGGACAUUAGGACGGUGGAAUGGAAUUUGGAAGGAACCCAAUUGGCUACCAUCUUCCAUUACGAUGUCAUCGUGUGCUGGAGUUAUCCAAGUGGCGAAAUUCUCUUUCAAAAGAAAUUAGACGAUGAAAAGAUGACUGGAAUCAAGUGGAAUCCCUUCAGGCCAAACGUGUUUGCUGCUUUUAUUUUCUUCUUCAAUUCCUGCCCUGUCGAGCAACGGCCAUUUCAUUUUUUCACAAUUGAAUGUGAGAAAUGGAUCACGAGUGUCCAGUGGAUCUCUGAGAAUCGAGUUGCUCUCGGCUUCCAGGAUGGCGAGGGAAUUGAAAUUUGGGAAAUUGACGAAUCGACGACUUCCGCCAAAAUUGUCAAACGACUCGAACAUAAAGGCGUGAUGGGUUCGAUAUCAGGUAUGGCAUGGGACGAACGGACGAAAUGUUUGGCCGCUAGUUCAUGGGACGGAUGGAUUAAGAUUUGGUCAAUGGACAGCAACCAACCCAUUCACACCACAAAGUUCGAUGGCAAUUGUUGGAGUUUUGCUUGGUGUUUAAACGGGAAACAAAGGGACGACGCGGGAGUGGACGCGGCCAGGAAAUCGGCCGACAAUUUCAUUUUGGCUUGUGGAUUUGGCGUGGGGAAGAUUGUCAUUUGGACCCCGCUGGCAAAGGAAAAGACGAGAAUUCUCUGUCAACAUUCAGAAUCGGUAAUGGGGCUGUCGUUUUCAUCCGACGCUCGGUUUCUAUGUUCAGCGGAUAUUUACAAAUUGAUUAUCUGGGCAACUGAGAAUUGGGAACCCGUUUACAUCGACGUUGAAGAAAAAAUUAGGGUUGGACGUUUCUCGUGGUUCUCUCUUGGGUCCUCUUCUUCGUCUACGAAUGUCCCUGACUACAAAUUGACACGCGACACAAACGAUUACAAGGUAUGCAAAUGGGAUAUUCGUUAA